AGAGGACAGCUGAUAAAGUUACUUCUCGUUGAAAUGUUUUAAAUAAUUUUUAUAUAUCAUUACAACAAAAAUGACAGACAGUGCUCAGAAAUUGUAUUCACGUUUAGAAUCUUUAAAAAGAAAUAUCUCAUUCUAUGCCAAUCGCAAAUCCUUUAAGUAUGGUUUACCAUUUUUAUUGUUUGUUGUUGGCGGAUCCUUUGGUUUAAGAGAGUGGACACAAAUAAGGUAUCAAUUUUCACAAGUAAAAGGCGUGUCUAGAGAGGAAGCAGAAAAAAUGGGCCUGCAUAAAACCAAAGAAGUCACUUUAGAAAAAGCUUAUGAAGAGAUACAGAAAAUUGAUAUAGACAAUUGGGAAAAUAAACGAGGACCUAGGCCAUGGGAAAUGCAAGAUGAAAAGAAAAAGUAAUUUCAAAUUUUGUUUAGUUAGAAUUAGAAUAAGUGUAAAUAAACACAGUUGA